AUGAAGCGUAGUGCAACGUUAUGGCGGAAUCUGAUGCCGUUAUCCAGUCGACUAUCAACACCGCAUAUAGGGAAAACUCCUCGACGAAUGACCGCGGAUGAAGCUGUCAGUGCGAUUGGCUCAAACAGCGAUAUAUUCGUUCAUAGUCAAGCAGCUACACCCACGGAAUUAUUGAAUGCUCUGUGUAAACGGGUAGAUUCCGAAGGGCUCAAAGAUCUUCGCCCCAUCCAUAUUCUCCUCAGUGGGAAAGUACCAUGGGCAGACAAAAAGUACGUUGGAAAAAUACGAUCAAACUGUCUAUUCAUGGCCAACACUUUUCGUCCUUUGGUAAAGGAAGGACAUGCUGAUUACAUACCAAUGUUUCUUUCGGCUAUGCCUAGCAACUUCUACAACAAAAAUUUUCCAGUGGAUUUUGCGUUAAUCUCUGUGUCUCCUCCCGAUAAGUUGGGUUACUGUUCUCUAGGAGUGAAUGUAGACACUUCAUUGGCUGCAAUUGAAAGUGCUAAAAAAGUUAUUGCCAUCAUCAAUCCUAAAGUGCCUCGAACAUGCGGAAACACGAUAAUUCACGAAUCACGGAUUGAUUCCUUCGUCGAGGUUGACAGGGAAAUUUAUGGAAAUCCAGAAGGACAACAGAUAAGCGAGGAAGAGAAGAGGAUUGGUGAAUUGAUCGCUGAAAAUUUGGUCGAAGACGGAGCAACACUUCAGUUAGGGAUUGGAGCUAUUCCUGAUUCAACGCUAUUAGCGAUGAAAAAUCACAAGGACUUAGGGAUUCAUACAGAACUGCUUGGUGACGGUGUAAUUGAUCUCAUUAAAAGUGGAGUUAUUAAUAAUUCGAAAAAAACAGUGCUGCCUGGGAAGGUGGUUACAAGUUUUGGAUUCGGUACUCAAAAGUUCUACAAAUUUCUUCACGAGAAUCCUAUGAUCCAUUUCGAAUGCUGCAGUUGGACAAACCAUUCCGAUGUUAUUCGUGCGAAUUCCAAGAUGACAUGCAUCAAUUCUGGUAUUGAAAUUGAUAUCACUGGUCAGGUAGCUUCGGAUUCAAUUGGGAAAACGUUCUACUCAGGAUUCGGUGGACAAGUCGAUUUUAUGAAUGCAGCAGCCACCACUCACGAUGGUUUGGGAAAGGCCAUAAUGGCGAUCACAUCCAGAACAAAUAAAGGAAAAUCUAAGAUAACGACAACACUUGCUGAGGGAGCUGGAGUUGUUACCACACGUGGCCAUGUACGUUAUGUUGUCACCGAAUACGGUAUAGCGAAUCUCGGUGCAAAAAAUGUUCGACAACGAGCGCAUGCUCUCAUACAAAUCGCUCAUCCGGAUGAUCGGGAAAAGCUAGAGAAGGAAGCUUUUGAGAGACUCAAGUGUAUGCCUUCGCCUUGA